AUGUCCUUGAUUUUCCGGCCAACGAUCGCACCCGGUGCGCGAAAAGUUCGCCCCGCUUUCGUGCACCCGGGAGUGACAAUUACCCAGGUAUCAAAGUCAUCAAACCUACCGCCUGCCACCAUCAAUAACGGUGUUGAGACCUCCACCACCACUACCAACAAGCGGCAGAAGGUGGCCGUUGGUGAUGGACAAGCCGUCGUGGGCGAUGAUAAAGACGGCGCAGCUGCCACGGAUUCCAAGGAGAAUAGAAGGAAUGGUCAGCGGAAUAACGACGGGGCAGUUGUGGACAAUGCCUGUACUGUCAGAUCUGACGAGCCUAACCUCGCCGAGGUUCUUCAUGCACAAAAAAAUGCAGAACUAGAAGGAGCCCGAGCCGGAAAACAACAGGAUCGGCGCAUUGACCACAAUGACAACAUCGAGACUUCUUGCGCGGUUUCGCGGAAAAGCAAGAAGCGACGAAGAGAGGCUGCCGAAAAGCGCGAGCUCACGGCGCUCCUGCAACAGGCACGCAAGUUCGUCUCGAGCGAAAAAGGGUCCGCGCUGGACGAUAGUCUUGCGAGUUUGAAGGAGCGCAUAGACAACGCCGAACAUCAAAACGGGAAGCCGGGGGCAAAAAUAGAUGCGAGAACUACAAGUGGCAUCGAAUUUCAGUCCGUUACGGACGCGUUUGAAACCCUGCGGACCGCAUUGCCGCUGUACGAGAGCGGGCAGUUGCUGCUGGAUAGUUUCUUGGCUUCAUCAACACGUGAAAUAGACGGAAAGCCGAACACGAAUAAACAGCUGCCAAAACUGCUUCCGAAUCUGAUAAAGCACAUCAUAGAGUACCUUUCGACCGCUGUCGCAGUUCUUUCCCCGCCUCGAGCAGAGACAAGAACUUCGUCUCGGAUGGCUGUGCCAUUGUCAAAUGGAAGAACUUCAGCGGCCGCAGAAGAACUACGGGGCAAAAACAGUAACAUCAAUUAUAAAGGGAGGGCCACCGUCUUGGGUGACAACGUGAACCACGCACAGAAGCUUUUGACGCUGUUGCAGACCAGUCUAAAGCGCAAACCUUGGAAGAAGCUGGGGCGUCCGUACUUCCACUUUGUGCGGGACUUGGAUGAGCUGUAUUUUGACAGUUUGACGGCGCUUGCAGCGGACAAACCCGGGGAACGGCCGGAAACGGCGCUGUCGAAUAGACAGCCACACGAAUUGUACGACGCUGUGGUGCAAAACUCCUCGAAGAUACAAGCAGUUUUUGCGGGCCACCCACUCAUCCAAGCCACAAGGUGGGAGGAGGCGCAGCAAGAAGAAACUGCAGAUGAUCUUCUGCCAACAUCGUCAUCUUCUCUGUGGAACCCAUUGCUGCAGUUCUUCCGAGCGCGCACGGCGGAGUUUCUGCACUACCGGGCACAGGUAAAAGACGAUCUUGUUCCCGCUCUGGUCGAACUGCAUGCGAACGUGACGCGCGACUGGGCGGCACGCCUCUACGCCUUCGCGGUUCCGACAGAAAACGUCUUGACGAGUCUGAGGGAAACCGUGCUCGCUAAAGAAAAAGAAAACCAACACGACAAUCUUGAAGGCAGGACGGUGCCGACGACCUUCAUCGAGGUCGGUGCCGGUCUGGGUUACUGGGCCGAGUUCCUGCGGCGCGGGCUACUAGAUAUGGAAAGUGCGAAAAACAAGUCACCAUCUUCUGGGGGUUCGUCACCAUCACACAGUCAUAAGAUCUCUGUCCGUGCCUUCGACGUGAUGCCUUACCGCGGCUGGCGGGUUUUCGACGAUCAAGAGGACAAAACAAACAGUGCACGCGGAAGCAGCGCUAGUGCCCGAGAUGUCGAGCCGUGCAAGGAAGACUUUUCGGAAGCGGGACCGUUGCGAGAGUUGCUGGAUCGCAGGUCGUGUGGACGCGCUUCUAGCGGAAAAAUCGAACAUUCGGCAAUUACGGGUCGUUCUGCCGCAGGAGUAGAUGAGGGAACAAAUAAAGCAAAAGCGAUGAAGCGAUUGAAAAAACGAAAGAUGGAUGAUAAAGCAGUGGCACCAGGAGCUGGUGUCGAUGAGUCUGCAGUUGCAUCUUCUCUCAACGAACACCGUACUUGUCUGUUUCUGUGCUUCCCGCCGCCGUCCGAACCGAUGGCUGCGAACUGUUUGCAAAAGUUCAAUGGCCGGUGGGUCGUCUACGUGGGGGAAUGGGCGACCGGCAUGACGGCCGACUGGAAAUUUCACGCGACGCUGCUCAAGGAGUUUUCUUUGCGGAAGAUCGUUCCUCUGCCCGCGCAAUGGGCCACAACCUGCCACUCGAUGUUCAUUUUCGAACGAAAAACAGAGGAGAUUGAGAGCGGACGAGGUGUUCAUCUUAAUAUUGCAGAACCAGAAUCCAGUUUAGAGGCCACGAGGACAGCACCAGCUACGACUUCAACGACCAACCCAUUUGUGACGUGCCUGUCCGCUAAGCACCUGGACGAAACCAGUUUCGAACGUCCCGAAUCACUGUGGCACUGUGGCGCCUGCGGCGCAAAAACGGGACGAAGAAAGCCCUUGGUGCGCUGCAUCGGCGGCAACCGUGGUCUGGUCGCCUGCUCCUACGGUAGUAGUUCCUGCCGCGACGCGGUUUUGGCAAGGGACGCUGUUUUCUCAUCCGCGUAUUUUGCCUUCGAUCCCGCCGCGGUAUUUUUAAGGCCAACCCAGCAUGGAUCUACUUCCAGCGUCGCAGGGACUACAAACAAACAGGACGGGGCCCAAGAAAACGAAAACAUUGAAGAGGACCACGAGGACCAGGAGGAGGCUCACGACGAGAACGGGUUCUUUGGCAGCGGGCGUGCGGAAGGACAUAACGACUCGGUCGGAGCAACCAGGACCAAAGCAUUCAGGUGGGAACCACUCACUUUCGCGACGUUUAACGACGAGGAGAAGUGGCACGCGCUCGCUCGCGCUACGCCGCAAGCGUGAGAAAAUUAAUUUUCGUUUCCUUUUGCAACGAGACGACAACUCUUUACAGCUCAAGUGCACUAGAUCUGCGACGCUUAUUAUCCAUAAAAUCGAACAAGUCCUCUGUCUUCCAAA